CUUUUAAAUCGCAUUGCUUCUCUGUCUUGAUCUCAUCUUGUAAUGACUUCCCUUUCAUGAGCUUUUCGAAUUUCAAAAAUGUCAAAGUUUCAAUCUUUAAAUUUGGAUCUACAUGUUAUAUUCAAAGUUUCAUGUUUUUUUUCUUUCUCAGGGAGGUUCUUCAGUUAUGGUUACUGCCUUGGAUUUACAGAGCUUUAUUCUCAGAGCUAGAGUGCUUAAACUUUACAGACAAGGAUUAAAGAUAGCUCAUAGAGCUCCUCCUCAUUCUAGAGGGGAAUUAAAGCAGAGUAUUAGGCAAGAGAUGGAGAAGAACAGUGAGUGUAAGGACAAGCAAAAGAUCAGGUAUCUGAUUAGUGAAGGGUUAGAGAGGAUUAAACAACUUGAUGAGAUGUUGGAUAUGCAAGGCCAUUGAAAUUUUGCUUUUGUCCUUUUGUUAAUGUAUUGUUGUUGUUUCUGAAAGAAGAAAAAUCUGAUCAAUGUUUUUUGGUCUGAUUAUUACAAAAAGUGAAAGUACAAGGAACAACUACUCUUUUCGUUUUAUGCUUGUAUAGGUUUAAUAUCUGAAAAUAACGAUUGUGACAAAUAAGUCUAGGUGAUGAAUACUUUCUCUUGUGUGUUUUCU